UCUUGUGUGUCGUCGGAUUGUUGUUCCGGACGGAAGCAGAAGCAGCUGUUGACGCACAAAGAUCUCCUCCAGUGACUCUGAUCUGUUCAACACAACCAGGAGAAAAUAGUGAGUCUGGCUCCGGUCGAGCCGCAGAUAAUAACUCCUGUGAGUGUGAUGUGAAGGUAGAAAACACCAGGAUGGACGGAGGACUGUCAGCUUUAACCGGUCCCUCUCUCCCCCUCUCCACCCUGCGCCUGGUAAUCCCUCCGAUCCGGCUGCUCUCGGCAGCCAUCUGGCAGACGGUGGAGCAGAAAAUUGUGUCGGAUUAUGGACUGCUUGAGGAGUUUGUGUUCAUGGUUACAGAGAUGGUUCCUCAACUUCUCUCCACAAGGCAGCGAGCUGAACUCAUCCUGGGUCUCAGAGCACGGCUGAUCCUGGAGCUGUGUCGCUCCGAGGAGACCGCUGACCCUCAGAUCAUUCAGCCACACCUGGACCGGAUGCAGGACCUCCGGUCUCUGUGGAACGUGGAGGCUGAUAAUGCAGACCAGGAAUCAUCUGACUCACAUUUCAUGGGUCUGGUCAAAAACCUGCUGAGAGAUCCUGAUGAGAGAAGGAACUUCUUCCAGGAUGUUUUCCCAGGAGACUUUGGUCCCACGUAUGACAAAGCAAUCCAGACCCUGAUGUGGCUGUUUCUGUCAAGACUUGAAAAGCUUCUUCCCAACCAAACGCUCCAACAGAUUGCGUCUCUGCUCAGCGACGCCUCGUCUGUCCUGAAUGAAUGCAUGGAGACUUUUGCUCAGCCUCAGGAGCUGAAAACCCUGCUGGACAAUCAGAAAGACCUCAGCCAAUUAGACGACAUCGACUCGUACAUAGUUGACAGUGGGAUCCUGUCGGCUCUGUGUCUCCCUCCUGUGGAGAGAGUUGUGAUCGUCAAUGAACAAACAGAAACGGAUGCAGAGAGCGGACUCAUGUACACCGUCUGCACAGAGAUGGAGGUGGAGUCUGAGAACAAAGAGGUGUACGUAGAGGGGACCGCCAACUCUGACGAGUGUGUUCAAACCCAGUGGUUUGGCCUGGGCAGCGAGGUGAAAGCAGAGAUGGACACCGAGGUGGUCACGGAUCCCGUGGAAGGCGCCGAGGCCAGCGAGGGGGAAAUGGCGGACGACCAGUCUGGAACCCUGAUGAUCGGGGAGGACGGGCAGGUCACGGUGCUGGACGGCGUGGAGAAGAAGCAGAACAGACGCGGGAGGAAAAAGAAACGUCCCGAAGAUGAAGACUUCGAGGGGCAGAGCAGAACGAGGGCCAAACAGGAAGAUCCAGAGUUUGAGGUGUUGUGGGAGAGACCGGUGCGGAAGAACCGCGGACUCAAGAUGAAACGCUACCUGUCGCAGUGGAGGAAGUCGGGCAAGGCACAGGGCGGAAACACGACCAACCCGAAGAAGUUUGCUAGAACCCAAGCCUCGGCGAAGAGCAACGACUUGGACGAGAGAACGUGCAAAGUGUGCGGCAAGGUGGUGACCCGCGCUAAGUUUUUAGAGCGCCACAUGAACCGCCACUCGGAGGAGCUGCCGUUCUCCUGCCCCGCCUGCAAAAGGUUCUAUAAGAGCUUGCGGUACUUGCAGCAACACAGAUGUCCAAAUCAGACAAAAGAUAAGGAGCAAGAGACUGCGGAAGAGGAGGGCGAACAGUCCUCCAGCGGGGCUCUCUGUAAGGAAACCAACGAGGAGCAGCCGUCCGACGGCGCCGCUCAGGACCCCGAUUACUCCCCGUCCGGAGAGGGGCGGUCCUCCAGAGAAGCGGGUCAGAAGAGCCCCGACGGGAAUAAAAGCGUGAUAGAAGGUCCGUUUUACUGUCCUCACUGCAGCGUCGAGUUCAAGUGCAAACAAACUUUUAGGUUCCACUUAAGGAAUAUUUGCUACAAUGAGCAACAAGUUGAUCCGGAAAAACCCGAGGACGUUAAACACUGUUUCAGGUGCGACGAAUGCGACAAGGCGUUCAAAUACAAAUCGACGUUGGACUCCCACAAACAAACCCACAACCCGCUGUACUGCGAGGUGUGCAUGAAGCUGGUGCGGGACUCCGAGGCGCUGGCCAUGCACAAAGAGUCCCACACGCCGUUCCAGUGCAACCAGUGCGAGGAGAACUUCCCCGUGUUCAAGGCGCUCCACAAGCACUACAUCGACAUCCACAACCCCACCGAGCCGUUCACCUGCACCCACUGUCAGACCACCUUCGCCAGCUUGAAGCGUUUCAUCCGCCACGAGUGGAAACACACCGGCUACCAGCCGUUCCAGUGUCCGCACUGCAGCAAGAGGUUCCGGUCCUACUCCGACCUGGUGGAGCACCAGAAAAAACACACCAAAGCGUAUCCGUUCCUCUGCUGGGAGUGCGGCAAGAAAUUCCGCCACGGCGUCACGCUGACGAGACACGUGGAGCGCGUGCACCACUCCGGAGAGCCGAUCAUCGAGAAGCCCACGCCCACUUUCACCUGCGCCCAGUGCGGGAAGACGUUCACGUCGAGGAGGUGUCUCCUGAAACACGACAACUUCCACCACAAAGGGCUGCGGUUCCCGUGCGAGCACUGCGGGAAGGGGUUCUUCGGCAAGGACGCUUUAGUGCGGCACACGUUGAUUCACACCGGGGAGAGACCGUUCAAGUGCGACGACUGCGAUAAGUCUUUCAGAUCUGCUGCAGAGUUAAAAAUACACAGGAGAUACCACACCGGGGAACGGCCGUUUAAGUGCAACGUGUGUGAAAAAGGUUUCGUCCAGUCGUGCUUUCUGACUUUACACAUGCGGACCCACACAGGAGAGAGACCAUACGUCUGUUCAGUCUGUAGCAAGGGGUUUUCAAGCUUGCACGGCUUGAAACGACACAGGAGACUCGUUCACGCGUAGUUAAUGUUAACGUGGUACUAAUUUACAUAGAGAAGUUCUGUUUUAACAUUCCCCGACUAAAGAUCAGAGCUCCAGAAACCACAACUUGAGGACGUGUUGCUUCGCUAACGGACGCUUGCUUCUUGUGGAUGUUGACUGAAACGGGGAAUUAAAAUAAAAACCAAGUUUUCCAAUUGAACAGUUUCCUUAAAAACGUUUCCUGGCUGUCACAGCUUGGAUCGUUUGUCGGGAGCUGUGGAUUGUAUAGUGCAUUAUAAAGAUGUAACUUUGUAUUUUUUACAGAAAUGUUUGCUGUAGUUCUACAUAAGAUUUGUAUGUAUAAAUACUAUAAUCCUUGAUUCCUUUGGGAAUUGAUUUCUUUUUCUUUAAUAAAUUGAACAUUUGGUUCCAAGUGAA